AUGGCACUGUGGAAGAUAGUCGCUGCUGCUGCCAUCAUAUCAAAUAUUACGAAUGCCGCUCCGACAAUUGACUACCCUCUCAACUCUCAAGUACCUACAAUUGCGCGUGUAUCACAACCCUUCGCAUAUACCUUUCCGAGCUCGACCUUCUCCUCGGCCUCCGCCAUAACCUACAAUUUAUCCAGCGGACCAAGUUGGCUGUCACUAGAUAGUACCACUCGCACACUGUCUGGAACGCCAUCCACCGCUGAUGUUGGAACAGACAGUGUAACUGGAGUAGCUAUCGGUCUGACGGCUACUGAUUCCUCUGGGUCGAUUACUCUCAGUGCAACUCUGGUGGUCUCAAAGAAUCCUGCACCGGUCGUAAGCAUACCGCCAUCUUUGCAACUACCUUCUUUCGGUGCAUUUUCCGGGCCAUCGACCAUUCUCUUUCAUCCAUCGACACCAUUCAAAUUCAAAUUUGACCCCGAAACAUUUUCCGCUAAUGGUGGAAGCUCGAACCUUAGCUACUAUGCUGUCACCGCCAAUAAUACCCCCUUGCCAUCUUGGGUACUUUUCGACGAGACCUCACUCUCGUUCAGCGGCCAGUCUCCAGACUAUGCUUCUCUCAUUCAACCGCCGCAGACUUUUGGAUUACGACUUAUCGUAUCUGAUAUUGAAGGGUUUGCUGGGGCGUCCAUUGUCUUCUAUAUCGAGGUUGGAGUACAUAUUUUGGCCUUCAACAAUGCAGAUAUGUUCAUCAAUACCACUGCAGGAAGCAACAUCAGUUUUUUAGGGCUUUCGAACAACCUCCAAAUAGAUGGCCGACCUGCAAAUGCAUCCGAAAUCACCUCAAUGGAUGUGCAGACGCCACCUUGGUUAGUGUUUGAUAAUUUGACGAUGGCGUUGACUGGAACUGCUCCGCCAAAUAUUCGUUCUGCCAACAUCUCAGUACUCGCAACAGAUAUAUAUGGAGACGCAGCAAAUGCAACAAUAUCACUGGCUGCAGGCACCUCGAUGUUUAGUAUGUCAGUUCCCAUACUGAAUGCUACAAUAGGUGCCGGAUUUUCGUACAAUUUAAGUACUUACCUCACCAAUCCAUCUGAUAUAUACAUGAGUGCCAACUUUACUCCACCUGAAUCAUGGCUAUCCUUCGAUACCUCGACAUUCGUUCUGUCUGGCCAAGUCCCAACAAGCGCGAACCCUUCCAUGAAUACAAUCACCUUGAAUGCGAUCUCGAAAUCAUCACAGAUGUCCAGUUCUCAGUCCUUCGAACUGUCGGUGAUCUUGGCGACCAAAUCAAUUUCGUCAAUAACACCCUCGUCAUCUCGAACUUCACCUACUACUUCUCGAACUGGAAUCUCUACUCCAGCCCCAGCACCAGCCCACGCAAGCCAUCAAUUGAGCAGACAUGUUGCAGUUAUCGUCACUCCAAUACUUGUGGUGUUUGCAGCAGUCCUGUUUGCGCUCUUCUGCUACCGAAAGCGCAGGCGUUCAACAAGAAAGCGAUCAAGGAGCCCUGACAAGAGUGAAACAUCAGCUCCUCACGAAAAUCUUGAAGCAGGAUCCAUUUCGAGCGUGGAAGAAAUAGUACUACCACCACGGGUUGCGCCCCCUGAUCCCCUCCACUUAGAUACGUCUGGAUUUCUGAGUGAUAAUACACACCAUGCCCUCACUACAAACGAAAAGCGAAUGAGCCCUAGUAAGAUCCCUGAUCGAAUUUUAAGACGGUCUCGAACUACAACUUCCAUGUUUGGAGCGCGGGAAUCAGAUAUGAGUAAGCGAACGAGUUCGGGGCUGGAGAGCUCGGGCAAUAGAAUACGUUCCUAUUCGGAAAAUGCGUUGUCCAAAACGGACAAGAGUUGGAGAUCUACGCAGGACAGCUCGCACCCAACGGGGGAUUCGUCUUCUAUAACGAAUUCUUCGUACCGGUUGACACGGACGUAUUCCAACUUCUCAAGGAAAGGUCAUACGCGACGCUCGGCUCGAGUCUUGUCUUCGAAUCUUGUUGGAAACAUUAGAGAGAGCUGUAACACGUCGUCAGGUCAACAGUCCGAAAGGUCAAUACUGAAUUUGACGGAUAGCACCUUCUCUUUCACACCAUUGGAGAACUUUACUGCGCUUUCUAGGAAUGAAAGUGUGAGCAAGAAGCCCGAAGUCUCAAAUGUAAUGGAUAGACCAGCCAACAGAAGGUCAAAAAGGCGACAGCCAAGGCUUCCCGCUGCGUUUGAUAGGAAGCAGAGUGGUAUUGGACAUGGCGGUCGAGCAUCGAUAUCAUCUCUAUCCAGCAGAAGCGUGAAAGGAAGGAGCGUAUGGAACGGUCAGGAAUGGAUGUCAAGCUCUAGCCAGCCCACUGCCCUUGUAAGAAACUCGAGAACAUGGUUAACAGUCGCCGAUUCAAAUCGACACAGUAACGUCAGCGCCACAUCCGCAUACUCAGACACAUACCCAAGAAGCAGCAUGCGCAUGAGCAUUCGAGCAGUCGCCAAAAGCCCGCCCAUAGCUGUUGCAAAACGAGGUUCACAGAGUAGCCAUGCAUCUCACAGCUCUCGACCUGUUAGUAGACGCGUUGGCUCCUCGCCCUUCUUCGGUGGCUCUUUAGUUCGAGACUCCCUGAGGUCUCCCAAGCGUGCCCGCAGAUCCUACGCUGAUUCCCCUACCGUCCCAGAAGAAUCCCGCAUGGAAAGCCUACAGAACGUAGUUCUACACGGCCUCCGAGAAGAAGACACACCUCCGCGUGACUCUUUGGGCAUCAAAUAUGGUACCUACGGCCUAGCCCGCGAAGGAACGCGCCAGCUGAAGACAUACAUAGGCGAACUACACCGCACAAAAACCAGAGAGAGUGUCCGCUCUACUCAAUCUACAGAUAGCCGGUUCGAGUCGGCUGAACCGUCCAUGCAAUCAUUACACCAAUCUCAACAUCCAGCCAUCCCAACCCAAAACGCCGACGAUGACGAUGAAUAUGAAGACUAUUACUCCGAAGGAAGCUGGGAAACGCACCCACCUAGCCGCGAUAGUCAAGGCAAUAUAAUAGAAUACAGCGAAGACGAAUCCCCUAAAGUCUCUACAGCAGCCAAAGCAGCGCAGGCGAAAAGCAGAAUGAGCUUUGUGCCGACGGGGAGACACAAGUCGAAGUUGUUGGUUGACCCGAUGACGGAGAUGGGCGUUGGUGUAAGAAUGGUGGAGGGGGUAGGGAGGAGGCCCAUUAGUGUUGAUGCGACGGCGACGACGGGGAGUGUGAGGGCGAGGGUGGAAAGACAAGCCGAUGAAGGAGGUGGAGAAGAUCCAGAUGAUUAUUCGGCGUAUAUAUAG